UGCGAAUCUCUCCGUGGAAGAGCUGCCGUGGGCAAGGCCAGGCGGCCGGAAGGAUGCAGGCAUGGAGGAGGCGUCGGAUGGGACGCGCUGCUGAGAGGAGCCGUUCCAAGGGCACCCCGCAGGUGACACAGGAGCCAGGGAAACCGUGAGGCGAUGACCUUCAUUCCCUUAAGGGCCUGCGCCCAUGCCGCUGCCAGCGCCGCCCCUUCCCGAACAUGGUCAUGGAUCGGAUUUUCUCUGGUAUCCAGCCAACUGGGACCCCUCAUCUGGGUAACUACCUUGGAGCCAUUCAGAACUGGGUGAAUCUGCAGGAAGAGUGCAGCUCAGUGCUCUAUAGCAUUAUGGACAUGCACUCUUUCACCAUGCCCAAGGAACCAGCUGUCCUGCGCCAGAACAUCCUGGACACCACUGCUGCCAUCCUUGCCUGUGGAAUUGACCCCAAGAAGUGUCUCCUAUUCCGGCAGUCGCUGGUUCCUGAGCAUGCAGAACUUGCCUGGAUUCUUGGGUGCUUAACUAAUGUGCCACGUCUGCUACGUUUGCCCCAGUGGAAGAUGAAGCGUGCCAGCCAGAAUAGCGAAGGAACUGUUGGUUUGUUGACUUACCCUGUGCUUCAAGCAGCAGAUAUUUUGCUGUACAAGUCAACACGUGUUCCUGUUGGAGAAGAUCAAGUCCUGCACCUGGAACUAGCCCAAGAUAUAGCACAACAUUUCAACAAGAAAUAUGGAGAAUUCUUUCCUGUGCCCAAAGCCAUUUUAAGUACAACAAAGAAAAUAAAAUCCCUCAGAGAUCCAUCGGCGAAGAUGUCCAAGUCAGACCCACAGAAGUUAGCCACUGUCACCAUAGCGGACAGCCCAGAUGAAAUAGUGCUGAAGUUUCGCAAAGCUGUGACUGACUUCACCUCAGAGGUGACCUACGAGCCCGCUGCCCGCCCCGGUGUCUCCAAUCUGGUGUCCAUCCACGCUGCAGUGGCGGGGCUGAGCAUCAAAGAGGUGCUGCACCAAGCCACGGGUCUCGACACUGCUCACUACAAAAUGGUGGUAGCAGAGGCCGUUAUCCAAAAAUUUGCACCCAUCAGGAAUGAAAUCAAGAAACUCCAGGAAGACAAGUCUCAUCUGAUAAAGGUUUUAGAGGAUGGAGCAGAGAAAGCCAAAGAACUGGCUGCUCCUAUCUAUCAAGAAAUAAGGAGACUGGUGGGAUUUCAAUAGAAGCUGCUGAGUAGUUGCAAGGACUUUUGUAUCAUGGGACAGAGAUUUUGUUAUUUGUAGCAAAAUCAUUUAUUAAUUAUUAAUCAUUUUGGUUUGAAACAAAAACUUUUUUUCCUGGAAGAUCCAAGGAGAACAUUGAGGGUGAUUGCAUUAAAAAAUGUGCAUGAAGCCAGGUAUUUCCUGUGGGACCAGCAUUAAGCUUGUCUGGCUAGUCAAAGAGGGAGGACAGAAGCAAUCACAAUUCACAAAGAAAUUGUGCAAAAGCAGAUUAUAAAGUUGCCUGUAUGGGGUUUUGGAUUUUUCCAUUGACCACUGCAAGAAGCUAAAGUGUAGGGAUCUGAAGAAGAGAACUGCCAUGCAAGAACUUGAUGAUGACAGAUCUUCUAGAAUUAGUCAAGACUAGAGAAGCAGAGUGGAUGGAGACAGACUGAUUGGAACCAAACUCAGUGUAGACAAGCCUAAGGUAAUGUCCUCUGGAAAGAAUAAGUAUAUUCAAAAGUUGUCCCUGGUUUUAAAUAAGCUGUAGUGGAUAAGGAAAGAACAUGUUAUAACUGUACAUUUUUACAUAGUUUUACAAAGCUUUUGUCAGUGUUUAACAGCUGCAGUAGAGCACUAAGAUGAAAAAAUAAGGCACACAAUUACUGCUGCUUCCUGACUUGGCAUAAAAUGUUUGCUGUGGCGCUCUUUAAAUAGAUUGAUUUCUGCAAAGGUCCCACAGUGUGUACCUUGGGAAAAGCUAACACUGUCCUCAUGAAGACUCUGAAAAUCUUUAAUACUAGUGUAUCUAGUUUCUACCUGUACCUCUUUUUCACUAGCAAAGAUAGAAGCAUAUAUUCAACAGACAACUUAGAGUUUCAAGGUCUCUUUACACUUCUGAUACUCAAAUCACCUAAUAUAUAGAGUUGCAAUUCAACACACCUUCUCUGCAGUGAAAGGAAAAUAGGAGCAUUCGUGGGAGGGGUUGAAACCAACGGGUGAUUUUGGUUUGUUACUUAAACUGUUUUGAGCAAUCUUCCCAAAACUGUUAGAUUCUUUUUCAGAAAAUCAUGUAAGUAAAGCAGGGGAAAAAAACUUCAAAAGAGCCUUUUCUUUAAAGGUGGGGGUUUAAGGCAUUACAUAUUUAGCUGUGUUUCAAGCAGAUUCACUAAUUUGCCUCUUUUUAAUUCAAUAAUGCAUUGGAGGUUUUUCCUUCCCUUUCCCCUAUCAGUCAAACAAGUCUUAUUUGCCUGACCUAUUUCCUUCAAGUAAGGAAAUAUACAUGUUUUUUCAUCUUCAGAAAAGUUAAACUUGUGUAAAAUGAGUAUAUUAACACACUGAUUGCUGACUAAGCUUUUCAUUUUAGUUGCUCCUGUGGAGGAAUUCUCAAAAUAUGUGGAGGAAUUCUCAAAUGUGUUUGCCCAGUUUAAUUAUCCUGAUUCCAUUAACAACCAUGAUCUUUAGAAUCCCUUGAGAGGAGACAACAAAUGUAGAUGUUUACAGGUAUCUGUUGCCUAUUUCAGUUUUUUUAGAGCAUGUUUUUUCUGCAAAGUUAACCGUCUUGGUACUCAUGUGGUUUAGCUGAGCUUGAAGCAAUGAGUUGAUUCCAAGCUACUCUCUCCUCUUCUACCUCCCUGUUUCCCUUUGGGAAUGUCAUAUAAACACCCAUUCUGUAUAGAGUUCUGUGGCAAUGUUUACUAAGGAGUGCAGUUGAGUUGGAAUAGCUGUUUUGAUAACAAUUGUUGGAGAAGAUUUAUGCCUUAUGUUUCAUAGUUAUUUGUUUCACAAAACAAAUUUGUUUCACAUAGUUGUUUGUUUCAUGCAAACUCUAGUGCUGGGGAUUUAAUGUUUGUUUGCAACAAAAUAGGUGCACUCCUGAAACACAUUUUCAUGUUUGUUUUUAUCCAAAUCACAUCCUCUAAGACUUCUCUGUGAUGUCAGUUGAAGUGCAGUUGGUGGGGAGUUUCUGCAGAAGCACACUCCUCAUCCCAGCUGCAGAGUGGUAGAGACAUGCCCUGUGUUAUUAUGGAAGUCACUGUAAGAUGUUCUUCCAGGACAGAGUGGGAAAAAGGUCCAAAUGUAUCUUUCCUAAUUGAAAUAAAAAGAGUCAAAAGGUGGAGAGGUAUCCUUACCCCAUGCUGUGUUGCUCACUGAAGAAAAGGAAGCAGAAACGAUGAUCCUUUAUUUAGAAGACAUCUGUAAUUUGUGCCUUAGACUCAAAAUCUCCUCUUUUGCCAUUCCUGUAUGUUACUGCUCCUGGCCCACUGCAGAUCCCAACCAUUACAUAUGUAUGGGACAUAGCAUCUCCUGGUAAAACUCACUCACCUUUAGAGAUAAAACAUCAACAACACAGUGAAUUACUUUCAAAAAUCUAACAAAAACAUUUAUACACUUGAGACAUUCAUUUUUCCAGCUGGUU